CGAGACAGAUAAUAUACAUGUGUCACCUGACUUGACAGAUUUGUUUAAAAGCAGAGAUCAACAUGGCUUCACAAAGACAAGUAUAUGUGGGCGGCGCUUCUGGCUGUAAAUCUCAGGAAGUCGGAAUGGAUGACUUGGUUCAAAAAGUCACCGAUGAUCCUAACCGAUAUAGGGUUGGAGCAUCGAGUCACGACAGUCCCCAGGAGAGAUUAUGGAAUUAUUCUUCAAGCUACAACAACUCUGAUGUGCUGUAUGCUAGGACAGGUACUAACGACCUCAGGGAAGCGGAAAACCGUCUUCUUGGCGCAUUACCAGCCAAUCAUCCACACAAUGUUCAAAAACAAAGCAACAUCCCUCAAGGAAAGCAAGGUUGUGUGUAUGCUAUAGACAGAAAGAAGUAACAAUUUCAAUAGUUAAAUGAGAAACAGACUGUCAUUCAUAUUCAAAGACUGUUGGUUUAAAAAAGGUCUCUUUAUAGAUGCUUUAAUAUAAUACAAAUAAUCAAUUCCU